AUGACCAAUGCUACGACUACAAAUCCAAUUCAAUGGACUCUUCGCCCUUCCACCAUGGACGAUGCAGAUGCUAUCAACCGACUCUUCACAAUCUCCUGGAACCAUCUCCUCGUCGACCACUACGGUCAAAAACUGGUGGACAAAACGCUUCCAGCCUUGGAACAUGUUCGUGCUAAUAGCUUGUUAUCCUGUGGGACGUAUUAUGUUGUGCACCACCCGAUCACCCAAGAAAUUGUAGGCGCCGGAGGAUGGACCUGGGAACAUCCAAUCGAAACCGGAACGGACUAUGCCCACAUUCGUCAUGUGGCAUCGCAUCCCAAGUUCUCUCGUCAAGGAAUUGGAAGAGCGAUCUGGAAUCAAUGUUGGAAAGACAUUGUUCAGGCAAGUUGUGGUGCUCCAUAUGUCGAGGUGCUUAGCACCAUCCCUGCGAGAUCUUUCUACGAACGCCUUGGAUUUCAAGCGCAAAAGGAAAUGGGAGUACCUUUGGAUGACGAGUCAAUGCUGCCGUGCUUGUACAUGAUUCGGAAAAACGACUUGGAAUUACAGCUUUGA